GACCAAGCACUUUCCCGACAGCAUAACUUGAGCUCUCGAUACCCAAACAACGACCACCCCCAAAAUUCAGAAUCAAUACGAAAAGCAUCUUGUUACGGAAAGAAAGGACAGAAAUCAAUCCACUCACAAUGUCAGCCGAAGAAGAGCGCCAGGCCGCCCUUAACUCGUACCGUGCCAAGCUCAUCGAGUCGCGAGAAUGGGAGGCAAAGCUAAAGAAUUUGCGUCUUGAAAUCAAGGACAUGCAAAAGGAGUUCGACAAGACAGAGGACAACAUCAAGGCGCUACAAAGUGUGGGACAAAUUAUCGGCGAGGUGCUGAAACAGCUCGAUGAUGAACGAUUUAUUGUCAAGGCCUCCUCCGGACCUCGAUACGUCGUCGGAUGCAGAUCAAAGGUGGACAAGGUCAAGCUGAAGCAAGGCACCCGUGUGGCACUCGAUAUGACAACACUUACCAUUAUGCGAAUGCUGCCUCGCGAAGUUGAUCCUUUGGUGUACAACAUGUCCCUGGAAGACCCGGGCCAAGUGAGCUUUGCUGGCAUUGGUGGAUUGAACGAUCAAAUUCGAGAGUUGCGGGAGGUCAUCGAGCUUCCCCUUAAGAACCCCGAGCUCUUCCUACGAGUUGGAAUCAAGCCACCAAAGGGUGUUUUGUUGUAUGGUCCUCCCGGAACCGGCAAAACCCUGCUGGCACGAGCUGUCGCCAGUAGUCUGGAGACCAACUUUUUGAAGGUGGUAUCGUCCGCUAUUGUCGACAAGUACAUCGGUGAAUCGGCGCGACUCAUUCGCGAAAUGUUUGGAUAUGCCAAGGAGCACGAGCCCUGCAUCAUCUUCAUGGAUGAAAUCGAUGCCAUCGGUGGACGACGUUUCUCAGAGGGUACCAGUGCGGAUCGAGAAAUUCAGAGAACACUUAUGGAAUUGCUAAACCAGCUGGACGGUUUCGACUACUUGGGCAAGACCAAGAUCAUCAUGGCCACCAACCGACCUGAUACGUUGGACCCUGCGCUGCUUCGAGCCGGCCGACUCGACCGAAAGAUUGAGAUCCCCCUUCCCAAUGAGGUUGGACGUCUUGAGAUUCUGAAGAUUCACUCACAAAGCGUUGUGAUCGAUGGUGAUCUGGACUUUGAGAGCGUGGUGAAGAUGAGCGAUGGACUCAACGGUGCUGAUUUGCGAAAUGUUGUUACUGAAGCCGGUCUAUUUGCCAUUAAGGACUACAGAGAGUCAAUCAACCAGGAUGAUUUCAACAAGGCUGUUCGCAAGGUAGCCGAAUCCAAGAAGCUGGAAGGCAAGCUUGAGUACCAGAAGCUGUAAGAGGUGACCGGGCAUGUCAUUAUGGCAAGAUGGAUAUAGCCACGGUAGAUAAGCGCAUGUGAGCUCCACGAAUACCGGAUUAUUAUGAUGGAUACAUCGCUACUGGGUAAUCUGUAAGACUGUGCAAUAGAGCCGGGGCCAGCAGCGUUAGAUUGGCUCAGCCCUAGAAGCAGAAAUGCACAUGGCGUCCAGGAAAGUAAACAG